CGCCUGAGGGCGCACCUUUCCCUUAGCUGACAGCAGCUGCGUUUUUCUUGCCAGCGCUCAGUCUUUAUUCCUCCAGUGCUUCCUGUUGCUACACGUGUGGGUACUGGGCUGGGAAUCUGCUUGUGUUCCAGUUGGUGCUGCAGUUACUCUCCGCACAAUGAAGCCGAGGAGGAAUCGCAAGCAAGCCCCAAGCUUCCGCAAACUGCUGAAAACCAGCAAACUAAAACUUGACAACAAAUUAAGGAAUAAGCAAUUUAAGCAGGAGAGCUCUGCAAAGAAACGACGCAAAGAGCAGAAGAAACUGAGAGAGGCGGUGCGAGAUGUCAAAUCAAAGAUCCCAAGGCCACUGGAGACUGUCAACAAGAAGAAGCCAGCUGAAGAAGAAUAUGAAGUGGAAGAAGAAUCUCUGCCCUUGGACAUGAUGGAUGAGGAUGAUGUGCAGCUCAUGAAAGAAAUGGCUCAGCGGGCGUCCUUUCUAACUAGAGACCUGACCUACAGUGAGCCAGUUCAUGCAAAUAAAAGGAAACGGGAAGAUGUGAUAGAUAAAUAUGAGAAGAUGCCCAGACGGAGUAAAGCUGAGCCAGAGAAAGAAGUGAUUCACUUACUGCCCAUUAAAGAUAAACAUGGCAUCAUCCCCCAAAGCAUGGAGAAGCCAGUUAUCCCAUCAGAGGAACAAGAGGGGAAUGAAGAAGAAGAGAUGGAAGCUGAAAACACUGAAGAGGUGCCUGAGGAGCCAUUGAGAAUAAUGACCGUAGAGGAAAUGAUACUGCAAAGACAAGCCACGCUGGAGCAGAGGAAGACUCAGAUUGCAACACUGGCAUCAGCUAUACUCGCAGAGCCAGAUAACAGUAUCAAAAAGCUGAAGGAAAUGCGAUCAAUGCUCAUGGAACAGGAUCCUUCUGUAGCUGUGACUGUCAGAAAGCUUGUUAUGCUCUCACUGAUGGAAGUGUUUAAAGAUAUCACCCCAUCCUACAAAAUUCGCCCUCUGACAGAAGAAGAAAAAUCUGCAAGGGUCAAAAAGGAAACUCAGAAGCUCAGAGAAUUUGAAGAAGGCCUUGUCAGUCAGUACAAGUUUUAUUUGGAGAACCUUGAACAGAUUUUAAAAGACUGGAAGCAGAUGAAGACAAAGAAGAGUGAGGUUGUCUCUUUAAAUGCCUACAAAGGCUUGGCUGUAAUUGCAGUGAAAUGCCUGUGUGAGCUCAUGGUGUCAUUAUCGCACUUCAACUUUCACAACAACAUCAUCUUCCUCGUCGUCCCUCUCGUCAAUGACCAAUGCAAGCAGGUUUCAGAAAUGUGCGUGGAGGCAGUCAGAAAGCUUUUCAGACAAGAUAAGGUGGGCUAUGCCUCUCUGGCUGCUGUGAAAGUCAUCUCUGGCCUGGUCAAGAGCAGAAAUUAUGAUGUUCGACCAGAGGUACUGCACCUCCUACUCCACUUAAGGAUAAAGGAAGUGGAAGUGAAGAAAGAUACAGAGGACCUUGCUCCAAAACAGAAGGUUAUGUCCUAUAAAGACAAGAAGAAAAACUUGUCAAGGAUGCAGAGAAAGUGGAAAAAAGCAGAAGAGAAAUUGGAGCGUGAGCUGCUGGAGGCAGAAGCAUCAGAGAGCAAGGAAAAGAAACUAAAGUUGAAUACAGAAACCCUGAAUAUUGUGUUUUUAACAUACUUCAGAAUAUUGAAGAGAGCACAAAAAUCUAUCCUUAUUCCUUCAGUUUUGGAAGGGCUUGCUAAAUUUGCUCACUUAAUCAAUGUGGAUUUUUUUGAUGACCUCCUCGUAGUUCUUCACAAACUCAUUGAUUCUGGUGAUCUGACCUAUAGAGAAAGCUUGCACUGCGUCCAGACCGCUUUUAAUAUCCUUUCUGGCCAAGGUGAUGUUCUCAAUAUUGAUCCUCUGAAAUUCUACACACACCUUUACAAAACCCUCUAUGGGCUCCAUGCAGGUGCUACAAAUGAUGACACUUUAAUAGCACUGCAGUGUCUGGAACUGAUGCUCACCAAGCGCCGAAAGCAAGUCUCUCAGCAGAGGGCACUUUCUUUCAUAAAGCGACUUUCUACAUUAGCGCUACAUGUCCUUCCAAAUUCCAGCGUUGGUAUACUGUCCACAAACAGAGUUCUAAUGCAGACCUUCCCCAAGACCGACAUCUUGUUGGACAAUGAUUCCCACGGUAGCGGCAUCUAUCUGCCUGAGCUUGAUGAGCCCGAGUACUGCAAUGCCCAGAAUAGUGCUUUGUGGGAGUUUCACAUCUUGCUGAGACAUUAUCAUCCCGUCGUGCAGAUGUUUGCUGCUCACCUUUGUGCCGGUGCUCCAUCCGAGGGCUCAGCUGCUUUAAAAGCAGAACUAAGUCGCAGGUCUGCUCAAGAACUUUUUGCUGAUUACAGUAUGAAUGAAAUGACUUUUAAUCCCCCUGUUUCAGAGUCUGUGCCAAAGAGAAAGGCUAAAUGUAGAGUGUAUGAGUUGAAUAAGGACUUGGAGCAACUAAUUCAGGCUCAGCUUGAAAAGGUAUCUUCAUUACAUGUGGACUUCUCCUCCUGUAUUAAAUCAGAGUCUACGUGACUCCUGUUACAGUGAUGGAAAAGCAUACGGGGAACUCGGCUUUCCUUCAGCUUUGUUGAUUGAAGACACAGAAAACGGAGAUCCUUCUCGUAAACAGAAACUGCUUUGUUCUAGAGCAGUAGUUGUUGGAUUUACAGUUCAAGCCCACCUUGGAGGUCCAACCUUUGGCCAGACCCUUGAUUAACUCAUAAGCAUCAUAUUGGUGUAUAGCCAUAAUUCCAAAAAAUAGGUGGAACAGCUCCAUAUCUCACCCUGACUGACCUUCAAGCAUAGCUUUCUAUUGUACCUUGCAGAACAAAUAGGUGUUGUGCCCAAAUCUCCCCCAAGCAUUUAUGGACUGAUGCACAUUCACUGCUGGGAAUAUUAACAUUUCCUCUUAAAGAAAAAGUCUUGCAAACUUACGACACAUCAUUUUUUAUUCAACAUAUACAAAUACAACAGUGUUUCAAGUCUGUAUAUGUUAAGUAGUCUAGAUCAAAGAUAGAUCUUACAUGUACAAAUCCCACACACAUUUGUAAAACUGGCACAAAGAGUCAGAUAUCAAAACACUGACAUGCAUAAAUUAGGCACAAUCAUAACAAAAUCAUAGAUAUACACAAUAGGUUUACAAUGAAACAUCACCUUUAAUCAGUGGCUUGUUGGACUGUGAUGGCUGCUAAUGAGUGAACAGGCUGCUUUGGUGAAGAUGGUGGUUGCUACGGUGCUGUAUAGCCUGUUGCUAGGCUUUUGGGGAAGCAUUACCAACUGGCAGUUCAGCUUGUGUGUGUGUAGCCUAACAUAUUUAGCAGCUCUCUACACCAAGAAAGUGUGUCAUGUACUGUAGACUUCUGAUCUUUCCUAUGUACAUACAGAUUGUGUCAGAAAAACUAUUUUGCAGCUACAAAUAACAAUAAAAUCAGUGAUCUUA